CGUCUUCCUAAAUUAUUCCUAGCUCAUCUGCAAAGACUCUUGAUCCACGCUCCACCAGAGAUAGUCCAAGCCGACAGUAUAAAACACAACACGUUGAAGCUAAUUGACAUUCUCUAUACUACUUAUACUACGUAUACCUUAUCUCAAAAAUGGCACCAACAGCCACCGCCGACAUCAUGCCCACUGGGCCCAUCACAUCGAAAUCCGUACAACCACCCGUCGAGCAGAAACACCACCAUGGAAUGGAAGACAAGACACCGCUUCAGGCCAUCUCCCACGGUAGUGAUGUGAUGCUUCCAGGCGUCCCCAAGUUCGACGACAUGGAAGCUCAACGCCAAUGGCAACUCGAACACAUGGCAGCCGCCUUCCGACAUUGGUCACGCGAAGGAUAUGUUGAGGGCAUCAGCGGACACAUCUCUGUUCGCGACCCCGAACAUCACGAGGUAUUCUGGACGAACCCACUCGGCGUACACUUUGGACUGUUGAAAGCCAGCGACAUGAUUGCCGUCAACCUAGAGGGCAAAGUCGUCGGAGGAAACCGAAGCCGAUGCGCCAACGCAGCCGGAUUCCUGAUCCACAGCGCCGUUCACAAGGCACGACCGGACGUCCACGCCGUAUGUCACGCACACACCGUCUACGGCAAGGCAUGGUCAUGUUUCGGCCGGCCAGUCGAGAUGUUGACUCAAGAUGCAUGCAAAUUCUACAAUGCACAUUCAGUCUACAACUCGUAUGGAGGGACGGUGUUGGCCGCCGAAGAAGGAGACUUGAUCGCUCAGGCUUUGGGUCCUACUAAUAAAGCAUGCAUUCUCCGUAACCACGGUUUACUCACCGUUGGCGGCACGGUCGACGAAGCUGCUUUCCUCUUCACGUCUCUUGAGCACGCAUGUCAGACUCAGUUGCUCGCUGAGGCGGCCUCGCAGGGUGGAAAUUUACCUAAGAUUCUCAUCACUGAUGAAGAGGCAGACUAUGUCUUCCGUAUGGAAAGUGAUCCCGAGGCUUGUUAUGCAGAGUUUCAGGCUUAUUACGACUGGGAGAUGUAUCACUCAAAGGGCGAUUUCAAGAAUUGAUGAAAUGACCGGUCCAUGAGGGUGGGUUAUUCAGAUGCUGACAAUGAACGGGUGUCCUUGGUGGUUUUUGCCACGUUUCAUGAUAUCUCUAACCAAUACUAUUUCAUUUCGCUAAGAUAGAGGAUGAUGUGCU